UCUGCAAGAGAGUCAGCCAUGGCCGCCGAACAGCCGUCGAAGCUCCAAACCCGGAUCGACAUCCCCCCUCCUCCUCCUCCGCCACUCCCGCCGUGCUCCGCCGACGAAUCCCUGACCACCGACACCCUCCGUGAGCAGAGGCUCUCCUUCUUCGCCUCCCGCUACACUCGACGCUGCCGCCGCCGCCGGAGCGACACGUGGAUCAUCUCGCUCUUCGUCAUACUACAUGUCCUGGCCUUCGCGCUGACCAUGGGGGUGAACGACUGCUGGCGCAAGUCUCACCACGACUGCGCUCUCGGAGCCUUUGGGCGGUUCUCGUUUCAGCCGCUCCGGGAAAACCCUCUCCUCGGUCCUUCGGCUUCCACGCUUGAUGAAGUAGGAGCUCUUCGCCGCACUUUUUUGACAGAAAAUCACAAAACUUGGCGCCUCUUCACAUUUCCCUGUCUGCAUGCUGGAUUCAUCCACCUUGUGAUCAACCUUUACAGUGUUGUCUUUAUUGGAAUUCACUUGGAGAAAGAGUUUGGACCAUUAAUUGCAGGGUUAAUCUAUCUACUGUCUGCAUUCAAUGGUACAUUGGUGGCUGCACUUUUUGUUGAGAGACACCCAGCUGUGGGUUCUUCGGGUGCUCUAUAUGGAUUACUAGGAGCUACACUUUCUGCUCUGAUUCAGAACUGGGACCUAUACACCAACAAGUUCACAGCUCUUGCAUCUGUUUUACUUGUCGCCAUUGGAAAUUUCCUACUUGGUUUGCUACCUUAUGUGGAUAACUUUUCAAACUUCGGAGGUUUUGUAUCAGGGUUCCUACUUGGAUCUGUGCUUUUAUCCAGUCCUCAAGUCAGAGAAGAGGUGCAAGCAAAAGGAGGCUUCUUGGACAAUGAUCUUAAAAGCUCUAUCAAAGCGAAGUUGGGGCAGAAGCUGGAUAGACCAGUCUACAGAAGUGUCUGUCUUUUUCUGUUUGUACUUAUGCUUUCUGGGUGUCUUAUAGCAGUUUUGCAGGGCGUCAACAUGAAUCAGUACUGCACAUGGUGUCGGUAUGUUGACUGUGUGCCUUCCAAAAGAUGGAGUUGCAGUGAAAUGGAAGCUGUUUGUGAGACCAUGGUGAGCAAUGAACAUAUGACUUUGACCUGUAUGAGUAAUGGGAACUACAAGGUUCUUCCUUACACCAACAUUUCUCAAGCUAGGAUGAAUGACUUGUGCAGCAUGAUAUGUUCAUAGACAGUGAUACUUCUCAAGAUCAUGAAUGCUAACGCUUUUGUUAUCAACUCUGUUGAUAGCUGUUUAAAUGUAGAAAAGUUGUGCAGUUUAUGCU